GACGACAGCUUGACAGCAAUGGAUUGGCUUGUUAAUCCCGCUAUCGAUAUUUUCUCAGGAUUGAAACUAAAUGCUUUUUUGUUUGACCAAGUUUCUCAGUCAGAGACAAGGGACUAUAUGAGUGAGAACAUAAAAUCCGAGCCUAUCCAUCCAGACAAGCCGCCCUAUAGUUACGCCGAAUUAAUAAAGAAGGCGAUCGAAUCAUCUCCGCAGCGUAAAAUGACACUUAAUGAGAUAUACGAGUGGAUCUGCAAAAAUUUCCCUUACUAUCGCGAAGGUCAGAAUGGAUGGAAGAACUCGAUUCGCCACAACCUCUCUCUCAAUCGAUCAUUUCGAAAGGUAGCAAGGCGACCAAAUGAACCUGGUAGGGGGUCGUUUUGGCGAAUUAUCGGUGAUAAGAAUAAAUUUAAGUCCCCUAUUUUUACUAGAGCUCAACAGGUAAGUCACAAUUUUGCCUAA